ACAGGAUGCGUUUCAACGACGGAGCAGUCGACAGCCACGGGCGAUUCUGGGCCGGGGCCAUGAAUGACCCCAAGAUCCAGAAGCCUACCAACGAAGGGGUACUGUUCCGGCUAGAUCCCGACUUGAAACUCCAUCGGAUGGUUGAACAGCUGACGAUCCCCAACGGGAUUGGCUGGAACCCUGCGGAUGACACCAUGUACCUGACCGACUCCCCUACUGGUAAGAUUUUUGCCUUCGACUUCGAUGCGAAGACCGGAGCAAUCAGCAACCGCAGGGUUCACUUUGAUAUUGGGGAGCCCAAGGAGCCCGAUGGAUUUGCCAUCGAUGAGGAAGGCUGCCUCUGGAGUGCCAUAUAUGGCGGCGGGAAGAUCAUACGCAUCUCGCCGGCGGGAAAAGUGAUUGGCGAAGUGAUCCUGCCUACACGAAACAUUACUUGUCCAACAUUUGUCGGGACCGAGCUCUUUAUCACAACUGCCAAGGACGAUGUGAACGAUGAGCAGCUUCCCAACUCUAUCCGGUAUGGGGGACGGCUUUAUUGCGUGGAUGUCGGUGUCAGAGGAAAGCCAAAGAAUCAGUUCCGCUUCCAGGACUGAUCUCAUGGUGAUAACCUAGCAUUCAAAGAGUUGUAGAAAAAAGUAUACUUUGACGGGGAGCUGCUCUGUGUGUAGGCUUUUAGACCAAGCGCCCUUUGAAGGGGCCACAAUGGAGACGCGAACUUGUUUAUAGGACCCGCAUAUGAAGAGCGACAUUGUGUAGCAGAGCAAGUAUGGAAGGCACAUAAGGAUUGUCCUGGUUCGAAGCGUUCAAUCAGGCAGUCACCAAGGAAGCCUACUCGACUCGGACGGAGAACGGGAAUUGGCGUCCGGCUGCGAUGGGAAGAACGAACUCUGUGAGACACACAGUCUGAUCAGAAUAUGUCAGUUGAAUGCAUCCGAGGUCCAGAAAUAGAACAGGAAAAGACAUGUGCAGAGUGCAUCUACACCUCUCCAACCAAAG